AUGGAGAAGAUCAAGACCUAUCUAGGUAAGAUGUGGGAGCCAAUAACAAUACUCCAAUCGCAAGUACUGCAGCACGAUGUUUUUCAGUCAAAGCCGGGUCCAGUAUAUAUGCAGCCGUCUAAGAGUCCACAGGAUAAUUCAGUAGAUGAGCUUACAACGUCGACCAGUGACCCUGCACUUAUCACAGAUGGCGACGGUGUCAAGGAGCCCGUGCUGAAGCAAGCCUCUCCCACUUCCUCUGUACCCACGCUGAUCAAUCCCGGAAAGCCACCUACUUUGGCGACACAGCCACCUGCCUCUGCCUUUGAGCGCUCGCCAUUCACUGCGUGCUUUAACCAUGACCCAACCGGUGUACCCUUGCAUAGAGGAUUCGACGAAGACUCCUUCUUUCAGCACCGAUCAUUCCCAGAUGAGGCCUACUACAAGAAAGCUAUGCAGCACGUGGGAUUUACAGAAUACAGGCAUGGUCAGCGAGCCGCGCUGUACUGCAUUAAUACCAUGCGCAAGGUUCUAGCAAUUAUGCCUACUGGCCACGGGAAGUCUGCCCUGUUCGUCCUCCCUGCGCUGGCCUCCUCCAGAAUUGCUGUUGUCAUUAUGCCCACUGUUUCUUUGCAACAGGACCAGUUUAAUCAGUGGGCUCAGUACUUGACUGUCCGGGUGUGCACUUCACAAUCAGGGCAUAGAGAAGGGGCGAUUCGCUCUCGAGACGUUGCUGCACUCACUGGCCCGUUAAUACUCAUUGUCACUCCAGAAAAGCUUUGCAUAGAUGCUAUCCUCCAAGAAGCCAUUACUUCUCUCACGCAAAGGGGGCGAAUCUGUCUGUUUGCCAUUGAUGAGGCACACCUUGUUCUGGAGUGGGUCUCCUUCCGACCCGAGUUUCUUAGUGCAGCAGAUCUUCUUCAAAAGUGGCACAUGCAAGGUAAUAGCAGUCUUCUCUUGCUGACGGCAACGCUCACCUCCACAGCCUGCCGACGCCUUAUGGAGAUAUUCCAUUUUACCUGCAAUGACAGGGUGGACGAGAUGUGCACAAGCGAAAGACAGCUUCUGUACCGAACCAGUGCUGUGGAUCAUUUGCUUGUCUUUCCUGCUUACAAAGACAAUAUAUUUCUGGAUGUAGUAGAGAUUGGAGCAAACACCCCACUUAUUGAAGAAGUCCUGGAUGCGCUGAAGGGAUACAUGGCUGACUCCAGUAUCAUAUACUGUCGGAGACGGGCAGAUAACGAUGUACUAGCCAAUAACCUAAAUUGUGCCCUGAAGAAAGGAUUUGCAGAAUCAUAUCAUAGUAGUAAGCAGGACCAGAGUGAAAUUGUGCAGCGGUGGCUUAGCGGAAGAACCCUCUGUGUAUGCGCCACUAUUGCUUUCGGGAUGGGGAUCAAUAAGCCAAAUGUUCGACUCGUUAUCGAUGCUGACCCCUCUGGCUCCAUCAACACUAUCCUUCAGAAGAUUGGAAGGUGUGGAAGGGAUGGGCAGCCAGCGAAGGCAGCCCUUUAUUACAAUUGCAAGGAGCUGCAGAAGCUUCUUCUUAUUGUAGCACGGGAUCAUGACCAGAGCCUUCUUUCUGCCGCCGUUUCUGCUUGCCUUUUCUACCUUCGAGAUGAUAUCUGUAAGUGGCGGCUAAUGUUACUGUACUUUGGUCAAGAGAUAGAAAGGAGUGGUGCCCCGAUAGAACGGUGCGGUCAUUGUAGCUAUUGCUGUUCGUCCCCCGUGGAAGUCAAUGAAGAUCACGAAUCUGAUUCCAGUGACUGCCAGCCUCUAGUACUAUCGCUCUUACUAUUCAUUGAGCACAAUAAGAUGCACGAAGCUGAUGGAAAGACAGGCUUCACUGCUGCCAUAAAUCAUUUGGACAAGAUCUUCAUCCGAAAGCAAUCUAAAGGACGAAAGCAGCCGGAAGGCCCCUUUUAUAGCAAGCGUAAGAUCCUUCAGACCGUCUUAGAGUUAGUACAAGCUGGCUAUCUAGAGUUCUACAUGAGCAGUUUUCAGGGGACCCUUUGUCUCCGUUUGAACCCAAACCGCGCCAUAGAGGCAAAGACCAUCAGACACAUAAGCACAGUCUACAGAGAUAAAAGCGAUAACAAAAGCAACAACAGCAGUUUAAUCAUUAAAACAUAA